CCGUCUCUCCUCGACGGCUUGGCCGGGCCGAGACAUCGCUGUGAAGAAGCUCGCAGCCGUCGGCCUCAUGGUGUGAGAAAGGGCCGGUGGGGUGGGGGGGCGUGAUGGCGCUGGUCGGCCGCCGAGAGUUGAACCCAAGCAGCCCCCGCAGAGGGUGGAGGGUGAGGAGGUGCCCUGCUGUUCUCACGCCCCGCCGCUCCGAGCCGCGGUGGAGACGCUGGAAGCGGGGGCAGGCCCUGCCUUUUCCGCGCCCCCCGACGCGGAGACUCUUAUUGCGGCGAGUAGUCCGGGAGCCGGGCUGCCCCCCAGACCUCCACCCACCGCGGGGGAGGCACCGGCCCGACAGGCGAGCGCGCUGGGACCCCGCUCCGCGCCUCUCCCGCUCUUUGCCCACUCUCCUCCGCGCAGCUGGCCCCGUCCCUCCGCCCCGGGAUGCCUCCCAACCUCACCGGCUAUUACCGCUUCGUCUCCCAGGAGAACAUGGACAAUUACCUGCGCGCUUUAGAUAUCAACGUGGUCCUGCGAAAACUGGUGUGCCUCCUGAAGCCCGAUAAAGAGAUCAUCCACACAGGAGACCACAUGGUCAUCCGCACCAUCACGUCCCUGCGGGACUACGUUAUGGAUUUUGACCUGGGAGUCCAGUUUGAGGAAGACCUGGGACCCGUGGAUGGACGCACGUGCCGGACAACCGUCUCCUGGGAGGGGGAUCAGCUGGUGUGUGAGCAGCUAGGAGAGAAGAGGAACCGAGGCUGGAGGCACUGGCUGGAGGGGGACCAGCUGCAUCUGCGCAUGACUGCUGAAGAUGAGGUCUGUGUCCAGGUUUUCCAGAAAGUGAAGUGAGUGCUCCGUGGGAUGGAUGCCAGGACCCCCACUCCUGAGUGUAAACUGUCCCGAUUGAAAAAGAAACAAGACCUGAGGGAGCCAAGCCCCA